CAGCUGGGCACAGCUGGAAUAUCUCUGCCUCCUCUGCCUCUGCAGGUUUGGUGUGUGAGUGGCGAUGAGUCAGUGAAGCACAACAGCAAAGUGAGGCUGGCCGACCCUCCCCUGUAGUUUUCACUGCUGAUCCUCUGCCUCUGCAACUGGAAGAGAAGAAGAGAAGAGAAGAGAGGAGCUGCACUGUGCCGCUGGACCUGAUGGAGAAGAAGCCAGCAUCUCCUCAUCAGUACGGUUCACUGGAGCGCACUGAAUGGAGCAGAGACGCCGGCAAACCAGAGGACGAUGUCGUGUCCAUGGCGGACUCUACCAUCACCGUGGAUGACAUUGAGGGGGAGCUCUUUAAGAUCGACAGGAUCAGAGACGUCCUGGUCAGGAGGGAGUCAGAGCUCAGAUACAUGAUGGACGACAUUCAGCUGUGCAAGGAGAUCACUCGACUGAAGAAGGAGCUGCACAAAUUAGUGUCUGUACCGGAUAAUGACAAGUCCAAGGAGGACCGGCAGAAGGAGGACGAACUCCUGCAGCAGUUACACAAGCUGGUGGAGACGAGAGAUUACCUGGUGGACGACGUGGAGUUCGAACGACUCAGGGAGAAAGAAGAAGAUAAAGAAAUGGCGGAUUUUCUGAAUUCAAAAUUCCCAAGAAAUUUAAUGAAGAAAGGUGUACCAACCAGACGGGUGCCGUCCAGGGCUCAGCAGAGCUCCUCCCCCUUCACCAAGACCGGCCUCACCCUGCUGAAGGAGUGCUGUGGCUUCACCUGCUCCAUCAUGUAGACUGCAGACCCAAAAUGGAGAACCCCCAAAAUGCCUAAUGCACAAGAGUCAAUAUUUCCAGUUUCAGCUUUUCAGUCCAAGAAAGACUUAGAGACAUGGACGGAGCGGUGCAACAGUUUCCCAGAGGGAGAGAAUAGGGUGAUGCAAAGUUGACGUGGUUGACGUGGUUUAAUCCCAGGACCCAAGUUUGUCAUGUGUUUUGCUGUGUAUCUCUUUUGCUAGAUUCUAUUUAAUAAUGUUGUUGUGAUUCUCUCUCGUCUGGUUUUACGGUCUUACUCUUGUUUAUUAUCACUGCUCAGCCGACUGCUCCUGAUCGAUUGUUUCCAAAAGGAGCAGCCUACUGCAACAUAAUGUAUAAUUAAGUUCAACAUGUUUAAUAUGUAUAUAAAUAUAUAAGUAUAUAGCCUACUUAACACUUGGAUUCACAACACACCCGCAAAUUAUAUAUUUAAAGACGUAACGGAGCGAUUCCUGUCAUCCCUCAUUAAAAAGUAACUGUUUUGCGUGAGUCAACAGGGCAGUCUAGACACACGGCCGGAACAUUAUAAUUAGCAUGACGGAGAUAACACUAAUGAAACUGACAUUAAUCUGAAGCUCUGCUAAAAUGAACGUACCUCUUACUUGACUCCAUCUGAAUGGGUUCGACCUUUCAAAAACGUAUUUUCUCACUAACCGUCAUAGCAACUUUUUGACAAGACCAACCCUUCCUGUUUAAGUGGGAGUACUAAGGCUGAGGCUGAGGGGGCAAGUAUUAUUGACAGCAGGUAGAGGGGGGAAUAGUCAUUGCUGACACAUACAGUAUAAAACAUACAAGGUGUACACAGUAUCAGCUUUUUGCAGGCACUGGUCACGUGCAUUCAUAAAGAGACGAUCACCAUAAUCCAAUAAUGGUGUUUACAAAAGUGUAAAUGUAACAGGCAAAAAAGAAACCUAAUUUGAGUUUCUACCCCAGAAUUAUUGCAAUGACUCAUUUUGAUCAAUAAUAAUACCUUAUAAAUCUAAAAACAUAUAAGUUUUGACCAUUUCAAAUCCCUCGAUCAGUUUAAAUCCCCAGAGGAUUUGAUGCUUAUGUGGAUGUACAUUUUUCACAAUUUGAAAAUUGCUUGGAUUUGUCAGCUUUUAACAUCAAUUGACUUACAUGGGACUGAAAAACAUAGAACCUAGAUUCCAGGACUUCAAGGAAAGUACUUUGUCCUAUAAAAUAUAAAAUACAUACAUGCAUCUAUAUGUAUAUAAAAGGUGUCAUAUGCAUCACAGAGUCACAGUUGACAGUGUUUUGAUUUGGUGCUUUGUGUUGCAUAUAAACCUUCUGGCUACGGGCAAAACGUUCACUACACAUACACAUCAAACAUCAUACAUUUGUUUCGAGGCCAAAUUCUGUGUUUAUUGACAUGGGUAUGUACCUUCAGAUGUCUCUAGUAGAGAAUCUCUAAGCCAGUGGCUCAUGACAUGGGGCAAAGGGAUAUUGUGGCCAAUCACAGAGCACAUCUCUGUGUUGCCAAGAAGAACAGUCUCCAUAGCAACCAUAUGUACCCCAUAUUUACAAUGAGACAAUGAGGGAGGUUGGGUGGAUCGGAAGCCGAUGGGACUCUAUAAGUGUGACAUAAAUGAACACUUGAGUCCUGUCGUGGUGACCUAAUUUAAAGCGCAUAUAGGGAUAGAAUAAUAUUACCGUUGUCGUUUUGGUGAUGUUCAUAUUUUGGAUUCACCAGAGGGAGAAUGUUGUGCUCUCAGGAUGUAUAACAUGUAACUGUAAUAGGGCCUCUUAAUGCUUUUUGCACGCUUUUAGGUUACACUUACAACAGCUUGGAGAUGAAGAAAACACAAGAUGAUAGAUUUAUGAAUGGAUGGAGAGAUGGAGAGAUCUUUUCACCAUUAUUAUUUUCGUUCCCAUAGUUGUUUGACAGCUUUCCUUUCAUGCUUUUCUCCAAACUCGUCCUUGGCAUAGAUGCCUGGAUUCAGCUGUCUCUCCAAAUCUUCACAUAUUUUGAUAUUCAGU